AUGUUCCCGUCUUUGUCUAGCUCCUCGUCUUCCUCCAGUGACGAGGAGGAAGAAGAAUUUCAGGAAGCCAAGGAAAAUAUCGCCCUUGUAGAAAAUUUUGGUUCCUCUUCUUCCUCCAGUGAUGAGGAGGAAGAAGAAUUUCAGGAAGCCAAGGAAAAUAUCCUUGGAGAAAAUUUUGGUUCCUCUUCUUCCUCCAGUGAUGAGGAGGAAGAAGAAUUUCAGGAAGCCAAGGAAAAUAUCCUUGAAGAAAAUUUUGGUUUCUCUUCUUCCUCCAGUGAUGAGGAGGAAGAAGAAUUUCAGGAAGCCAAGGAAAAUAUCCUUGAAGAAAAUUUUGGUUUCUCUUCUUCCUCCAGUGAUGAGGAGGAAGAAGAAUUUCAGGAAGCCAAGGAAAAUAUCCUUGAAGAAAAUUUUGGUUUCUCUUCUUCCUCCAGUGAUGAGGAGGAGGAAGAAGAAUUUCAGGAAGCCAAGGAAAAUAUCGCCCUUGGAGAAAAAAGGAAAAAAUGUUUUGAAAACUUGGUUUCUGACAUAGGACAUGGCAUCCCGAGUCUUUUCAUGCAUGUAUCGCGGACCUCCAGUGAAGGAAGAGGGGAGAAUCACCAGCUGUCCAACAUUGCCCACAUGUCCAUCCCUUGCUACUGCAUCUCUCAGAUGAAUGUAGUCAUCAACCCUGAGCUUCUUUUGGUUGAGUCAUAUGAAGCUACGACACCAUCACAGCUACGACACCAUCACAGCUACGACACCAUCACAGCUACGACACCAUCACAGCUACGACACCAUCACAGCUCACGACACCAUCACAGCUACGACACCAUCACAGCUACGACACCAUCACAGCUACGACACCAUCACAGCUACGACACCAUCCCGGCCACGACACCAUCACAGCUACGACACCAUCACAGCUACGACACCAUCACAGCUACGACACCAUCACAGCUACGACACCAUCACAGCUACGACACCAUCACAGCUCACGACACCAUCACAGCUACGACACCAUCACAGCUACGACACCAUCACAGCUACGACACCAUCACAGCUACGACACCAUCACAGCGCUACGACACCAUCACAGCUACGACACCAUCACAGCUACGACACCAUCACAGCUACGACACCAUCACAGCUACGACACCAUCACAGCUACGACACCAUCACAGCUACGACACCAUCACAGCUACGACACCAUCACAGCUACGACACCAUCACAGCUACGACACCAUCACAGCUACGACACCAUCACAGCUACGACACCAUCACAGCUACGACACCAUCACAGCUACGACACCAUCACAGCUACGACACCAUCACAGCUCACGACACCAUCACAGCUACGACACCAUCACAGCUACGACACCAUCACAGCUACGACACCAUCACAGCUACGACACCAUCACAGCUACGACACCAUCACAGCUACGACACCAUCACAGCUACGACACCAUCACAGCUACGACACCAUCACAGCUUCGACACCAUCACAGCUACGACACCAUCACAGCUACGACACCAUCACAGCUACGACACCAUCACAGCUACGACACCAUCAGCUCACGACACCAUCACAGCUACGACACCAUCACAGCUACGACACCAUCACAGCUACGACACCAUCACAGCUACGACACCAUCACAGCUACGACACCAUCACACAGCUACGACACCAUACAGCUACGACACCAUCACAGCUACGACACCAUCACAGCUACGACACCAUCACAGCUGACACCAUCACAGCUACGACACCAUCACAGCUACGACACCAUCACAGCUACUGACACCAUCACAGCUACGACACCAUCACAGCUACGACACCAUCCCGCUACGACACCAUCACAGCUACGACACCAUCACAGCUACGACACCAUCACAGCUACGACACCAUCACAGCUACGACACCAUCACAGCUACGACACCAUCACCAAGUACGACACCAUCACAAUGCGACACCAUCACAAGUACGACACCAUCACAAGUACGACACCAUCACAAGUACGACACCAUCACAAGUACGACACCAUCACAAGUACGACACCAUCACAAGUACGACACCAUCACAAGUACGACACCAUCACAAGUACGCACCAUCACAAGUACGACACCAUCACAAGUACGACACCAUCACCAAGUACGACACCAUCACAAGUACGACACCAUCACAAGUACGACACCAUCACAAGUACGACACCAUCACAAGUACGACACCAUCACAAGUACGACACCAUCACAAGUACGACACCAUCCAAGUACGACACCAUCACAAGUACGACACCAUCACAAGUGACACCAUCACAAGUACGACACCAUCACAAGUACGACACCAUCACAAGUACGACACCAUCACAAGUACGACACCAUCACAAGUACGACACCAUCCAAGUACGACACCAUCCAAGUACGACACCAUCACAAGUACGACACCAUCACAAGUACGACACCAUCACCAAGUACGACACCAUCACAA